ACUCGCUUAUUCACACAGGUGAACAACAUCAAAACAGACACAGCGCGUCCCGAUAUCAGAGAUCAGAAAUGGGCAAAGGCGGCGGAACGUUUGAGAGACUGUUGGAUAAGGCUACCAGUCAGCUGCUGCUGGAGACAGACUGGGAGUCCAUUCUGCAGAUAUGUGACCUCAUUCGGCAAGGAGAUACACAGGCUAAGAAUGCAAUUGUUUCCAUCAAGAAAAAACUCAAUGACAAAAAUCCACAUGUAGCACUCUAUGCUCUUGAGGUCCUGGAGUCAGUGGUGAAGAACUGUGGCCAGACGAUUCAUGACGAAGUGGCCUGUAAGCAGACAAUGGAAGAGCUGAAGGAGCUGUUCAAGAAACAAACCGAACCGAACGUGAAGAACAAGAUCCUUUAUCUGAUCCAGGCCUGGUCCCACGCCUUCCGCAACGAGCCCAAGUAUAAAGUCGUCCAGGACACCUAUCAGAUCCUGAAGGUGGAAGGUCAUGUCUUCCCGGAAUUCAAGGAGAGCGAUGCCAUGUUUGCAGCAGAAAGGGCCCCUGAUUGGGUGGAUGCAGAGGACUGUCACAGAUGCAGGGUUCAGUUUGGUGUGCUAAACCGAAAGCACCACUGCAGGGCAUGUGGGCAGAUUUUCUGUGCUAAGUGCUCUUCUAAGUACUCUACCAUUCCCAAGUUUGGCAUUGAGAAGGAGGUGCGUGUGUGCGAGCCCUGCUUCGAGCUUCUCAACAAGAAAGCUGAAGGGAAGGCCGCCAGCGCUGGGCAGCCCGAGCUUCCCCCUGAGUACCUGACCAGCCCUCUGUCCCAGCAGUCUCAGAUGCCUCCUAAGAGAGACGAGGCUGCACUGCAGGAAGAAGAGGAGCUGCAGCUGGCCAUCGCACUGUCUCAGAGUGAGGCCGAGGAGAAGGAGAGGAUGAGACAUAAGAACACUUAUUCUGCGUACCCCAAAGUUGAUCCCACCCCUGUGACUUCCUCUGCACCUCCUGUCAGCACUCUCUACUCCACUGUGAACUCAACGGCUCCAUCAGCUGAAGACGUGGACCCAGAGCUGGCCCGUUACCUAAAUAGAACUUACUGGGAGAAGAAACAGGAAGAGGUUCGCAAGAGUCCCACCCCCUCUGCUCCUGCUCCAGUGUCACUGGCUGAGCCCGUGCCAAUCAGCCAACCAGUGGAAAGCCACGCUUCAGUCCAACCCAUCAACAUAGUAGAGCAGCAAUAUCAGAAUGGAGAAUCUGAGGAGAACCAUGAGCAGUUCCUGAAGGCCUUGCAGAACGCCGUCACCACCUUCCUUAACCGCAUGAAGAGCAACCACAUGCGCGGCCGCAGCAUCACCAACGACAGCGCUGUGCUCUCUCUCUUUCAGUCCAUCAACAACAUGCACCCACAGCUGCUGGAAAUCCUCAACCAGCUGGAUGAGAAGAGACUGUACUACGAGGGACUUCAGGACAAGCUGGCGCAGGUGCGUGACGCACGGGGGGCACUGAACGCCCUGAGAGAUGAGCACAGGGAGAAACUAAGACGGGCUGCCGAGGAGGCAGAGAGACAGAGACAAAUCCAACUCGCCCAGAAACUAGAGAUCAUGAGGCAGAAGAAACAGGAGUACUUGGGGAUGCAAAGGCAGCUCGCGAUCCAGCGCCUACAGGAGCAGGAGAAGGAGAGACAGAUGCGUCUGGAGCAGCAGAAGCACACCAUUCAGAUGAGAGCACAGAUGCCUGCGUUCCCCCUGCCCUAUGCACAGAUGCAGUCACUGCCUCCUAAUGUGGCAGGAGGGGUGGUGUAUCCCCCCACUGGCCCUCCCAGCUAUCCUGGCACCUUCAGUCCUGCUGGCUCAGUGGAGGGGUCGCCCAUGCAUGGAGUCUACAUGAACCAGCCCGGACAGACUGCUGCCGGUGGCCCGUACCAGGCCAUGCCUGUAUCAGCUACAGAUCCCAACAUGGUGAACGCUUACAUGUAUCAGAAUGCAGGCACCAGUGGGCAGCCAGCCGCCCCAGGUCAAGCCCCUCCCACAACCAGCCCCGCCUACACUAACUAUCAGCCCACACCCACACAGGGCUACCAGAACGUGGUCUCUCAAGCUCAGAGUUUGCCCCCUAUGUCCCAGGCUCCCCCCACCAACGGUAUCGCCUACAUGGGCUACCAGCCAUACAACAUGCAGAAUAUGAUGAACGCUCUUCCAGGACAAGACCCCAACAUGCCUCCCCAGCAGCCCUACAUGCCUGGGCAGCAGCCUAUGUACCAGCAGAUGGCUCCCCCCGGCGGUACACAGCAGCAGUCUCAACAGCAGCCGGCGCAGGCUCCUCCGGGCAGUCCUGAGGCUCAGCUCAUUUCAUUUGACUGAUCAUAUACCAUCCAGGUCCAGCACACUACAUGCAACCCUCGCUCACCCUGCUGUCUCUGGCUCCAUUACCCUGCACCUGCUCUCACUUCACUAUUAUCCACAGAUAUUAAAGCAUUUGGCUUUCUUGGGUCCCCCUCCUCUCCGUCUCUUUAAAUGAAAUGAGGAGAUGCUACAGAUGGGAGCUGGUGGGGAACCUUUGUCUCUUAACUUGAUGAAUCUCACAAAACUCUCUAGAUCAUAUUUUACUCCUCUUUUGCUUAAAGAAAAUGAAACCUGGUUUAGACCAUUACAUUUUUUUUGUGACAGUAUGAGUUAAAUGUGUUUCUUUGCUCAGUUUCUCAUUACUGUAAUGCAAAAAAAGAAAGAAAAAAAAGUAAUUUAAACUGUAAAGUAGUUACAUGGUAAUAUUUGUUGUACUGCCUUUAUUCUGAUAUCAUGAUUAAAAAUGACUGUAUUAGUAAUGAGAUUCACCAUUGACAAUUAUUAGAUUUACCAAAAAUAACAACAUCAAAUCAUCCUGACACAUUGAAUUUGUGAGAGAUUUAGUGAAAAUUUGCGUUGACGAUGCAAAAAAUAUUAAUGGUACUAGAAUAAAUUUCUGCAUUACUGCAACAUGAGUCAUACUUUGGUAAAUCAUAAUUAUGAGACGUUAUGUCAAAAA